CGAACAAGGCAUCUCAUGAUGAACUUAUAUAUCUAUCGAGUCUCGAUACCACGAAGCCUUAGGCCGUUCGUCUGCAUGGUGUUGGGCGUUCUCGGGCGGUCCAGUCGACCUGACUAUCCAGGCUGGUCAUGGCACGAUGCUCGAAAGCUUCUUGUCGGCGUCCAUAACAACGCUCGUUAUGCGAUAUCGCCAAGCCUGGCAGCCACGUUUGCUAGACUACCCGUCUAGGGUGAUUGAACACCUAUAGCCGCACCUCAUCUUGGUCCAGACGACAGACGCCACGUCCAGCCAUGUCUUAGAUAGGCUUGAAAGUGAAUGUCAGGCUGCAGAAGGACCGUGCGUAAAGCGUGGAUGCUACACGGGAGUACCAAUAGCAAGACUAGAGUCCACGAUGGCUGUCUAUGCUGGGUCGAAGCAUGCAGAAGCUACCAGGUCGCCGAUAGGCUUCAGAGCCUUGCUGCAAAUUGGGAAAGUGCAUCAGCUCUGCCGUCGCCAAGAGCAUAUUCUUCUGAUCUGGCCCGACCUGACAAAGUGUCUGAGCAAGCGAACAACAGAAUACCGAUUGGGAUAAGUAGAGAAAACGAGAGGCCGAGAAAGUCCAAGGAAGGUAAAGCAGAACGGGAAAAUGUACCAAAGAGACAUCGCAGUCAGCCACAGCUGAACACUGCUUUGAACUGUCAACGUAGCACACGGCACAUACGAGAAUCCCAGCGCCUCUUGUCGAAAGACGCGGCGAAGACCGGUUAGGGCGUCUAGAGGCGGCCUCGUGCCUUGGGCGACCAAAAUAGGACGCGGUUGAUCUUUUGGUAGAGAAGAGAGGGCUUGGAGAGUCGAGACCUGCUAAUGCU